GGCUGUGGAGGGGCUUGCGGCUCCCGGCCCGCGGGUCUCAGACCCAGGGGCUGGGCCCGGAGCCCCUCGCCCUGGUCUGGGUCGGGUCGCGCCAUGCUGCGCUACCUGCUCAAAACGCUUCUACAGAUGAACUUGUUCGCGGACUCCUUGGCCGGUGACAUGUCCAACUCCAGCGACCUGCUCUUCGGCUUCAACUCCUCGGUGGCAGCGCUCAACCAGAGCCUGCUGCCCCCCGGCGAGCCUUCUUUCAACGGGUCAAGGGUCGGGCCGGAGGACGCGAUGCCGCGCAUCGUGGAGCAGCCGCCAGACCUGCUGGUGUCCCGAGGCGAAUCGGCCACGCUGCCCUGCCGUGCGGAGGGCCGGCCCCGGCCCCACAUCGAGUGGUACAAGAAUGGGGCGCGCGUGGCCACCGCACGCGAGGACCCGCGCGCACACCGCCUGCUGCUGCCCAGCGGCGCCCUCUUCUUCCCGCGCAUCGUGCACGGGCGCCGCGCACGUCCAGACGAAGGUGUCUACACUUGUGUGGCGCGCAACUACCUGGGGACCGCGGCCAGCAGGAACGCCUCACUGGAAGUGGCAGUCCUUCGCGAUGAUUUCCGGCAGUCUCCUGGGAACCUGGUGGUGGCAGUAGGGGAGCCAGCAGUAAUGGAAUGCGUACCCCCAAGGGGCCACCCUGAGCCUUCAGUGUCCUGGAAGAAGGGCAGUGCCCGAGUCAAGGAGGAGGAGGGGAGGAUCACGAUCCGUGGGGGGAAGCUGAUGAUGUCGCAUACACACAAGAGCGAUGCAGGGGCCUAUGUGUGUGUGGCCUCUAACAUGGCAGGAGAGCGGGAGAGUGCGGCAGCUGAGCUUGUGGUACUGGAGCGUCCCUCAUUCCUGCGGAGACCAGUGAGUCAGGUGGUCCUGGCUGAUGCCCCUGUGGAUUUUCCAUGUGAGGUGCAAGGGGAUCCCCUACCUCAUCUACACUGGCGCAAAGAAGAUGGGGAACUGCCCACAGGCAGGUAUGAGAUCGGAAGUGACCACAGUCUUCGCAUUGGGCGUGUGAGUGCUGAAGAUGAGGGGACUUACACCUGUGUGGCGGAGAACAGCGUGGGCCGAGCAGAAGCGUCUAGCUCCCUCAGUGUUCACGUCCCACCCCAGCUGGUGACUCAGCCCCAGGACCAGAUGGCAGCUCCUGGAGAGAGUGUGACUUUCCAAUGUGAGACCAAAGGAAACCCCCCACCUGCCAUCUUUUGGCAGAAAGAGGGAAGUCAAGUCCUGCUUUUCCCCAGUCAGUCCCUUCAGCCCACAGGGCGCUUCUUAGUCUCUCCCAAAGGCCAGCUCAACAUCACUGAAGUGCAGAGCAGGGAUGCUGGCUACUAUGUGUGUCAGGCUGUCAGUGUGGCUGGCAGCAUCGUGGCCAAGGCCCUGUUGGAGGUAAAAGAAGCCUCCAUGGAUGGGUUGCCUCCCAUCAUCCUCCAGGGACCAGCCAAUCAGACGCUGGCACUUGGCUCCUCUGUGUGGCUGCCAUGCAGAGUGACUGGGAACCCUCAACCUAGUGUCCAAUGGAAGAAGGACGGGCAGUGGCUGCAGGGGGAUGACUUCCAGCUCAACUUAAUGGCCAAUGGUACCUUGUACAUUACCAACGUGCAGGAGACAGACAUGGGCUUCUACAGCUGUGUGGCCAAGAGUUCCACAGGGGAGGCCACAUGGAGUGGCUGGCUUAGAAGGCAGGAAGACUGGGGAGAAUUACCAGACACUCCUAAAGAACCCAGUACCCCUCCGGGGCCUCCCUCUCAGCCAGUGGUCACUGAGAUAACCAAGAACAGCAUUACCCUGACCUGGAAGCCCAAUCCACAGGCUGGGGCCACAGCCACCUCUUAUGUGAUAGAGGCCUUCAGCCAAGCAGCUGGCAACACAUGGCGGACAGUAGCAGAUGGCGUGCAGCUGGAGACACAUACUGUCAGCGGUCUGCAGCCCAACACCAUCUACUUGUUCCUGGUACGAGCUGUAGGAGCCUGGGGCCUCAGUGAGCCCAGCCCUGUCUCUGAGCCUGUACGCACCCAGGACAGCAACCCAUCCAGGCCGGUGGAGGACCCGUGGAAAGGCCAGCGGGGACUGGCUGAAGUGGCUGUGCGUAUGCAGGAACCUGUAGUCCUCGGGCCCCGGACCCUGCAGUUGUCGUGGACUGUAGAUGGUCCAGUCCAGCUGGUGCACGGUUUCCGGGUGUCUUGGAGGGUAGCGGGUCCUGAUGGAGGCAGCUGGACAGUGCUUGAACUACAGUCCCCAAGCCAGCAAAGUACUGUGCUAAGAGGACUCCCCCCAGGGACCCAAAUUCAGAUCAAGGUGCAAGCCCAAGGCCAGGAGGGGCUGGGGGCUGAGAGCCCUUUGGUGACCAGGAGCAUUCCUGAGGAGGCCCCCAGUGGUCCCCCCCAGGGAGUGGCAGUGGCCUUAGGGGGUGAAGGCAACAGCAGUAUCACUGUGUCCUGGGAACCUCCACUCCCCUCCCAGCAAAAUGGGGUCAUCAAGGAAUACCAGAUCUGGUGCCUGGGCAAUGAGAGCCGCUUCCACCUCAAUCGGUCUGCGGCAGGUUGGGCGCGCUCCGUGGUGCUCCGGGGACUGCUGCCGGGUGUCCCCUACCGGACCCAGAUCGCGGCGGCCACCAGCGCUGGCAUGGGCGUUGCCAGUGCCCCGGUGUUGGUGCAGCUGCCACCCUCUUCAGACCUGGAGCCAGCGCUUGAGGUGGGCCCGGGGCUGGCGGAGCGGCUGGCCAGGGUGCUGCGGGAGCCGGCCUUCCUGGCGGGCGGCGGCGCGGCAUGCGGGGCGCUGCUCCUCGGGCUCGGCGGCGCCUUCUGUCGGCGCCGCAGACAGCGCAAGGAACUGAGCCACUACGCGGCUUCCUUCGCCUACACACCUGCAGUGUCCUUCCCGCACUCAGAGGGCCUCUCUGGAGACAGCUCCAGGCCACCGGUAGGCCUUGGCCCUGCUCCCUACCCAUGGCUGGCAGACUCAUGGCCCCACCCAUCUCGAAGCCCCUCUGCCCAGGAACCCAGGGGAAGCUGCUGCCCCAGCAAUCCCGACCCAGAUGACAGAUAUUACAAUGAAGCAGGAAUCUCCCUUUACCUGGCUCAGACGGCCCGGGGCACUGCCACCUCUGCUGAGGGUCCCGUCUACAGCACCAUUGACCCAGCUGGGGAGGAGCUGCAGACCUUCCAUGGGGGCUUCCCCCCAAACACCUCAGGGGACCCGGGCACCUGGAGCCACUAUGCCCCUCCGGAAUGGAGCCAGGGAGACAGUGGAGCCAGGGGAGGCAAAGUGAAGCUGCUGGGGAAACCUGUGCAGAUGCCCUCCCUCAACUGGCCAGAAGCCCUGCCGCCACCUCCCCCUUCCUGUGAACUGAGCUGCCUUGAGGGGCCUGAGGAGGAGCUGGAGGGCGACUCAGAGCGAGGAGACUGGUGCCCACCAGUGCCUGAGAGGAGUCACCUGGCAGAGUCCAGAUCCAGUGGAGGGUGCUUGGUUUCUGCAUCCCGAGGGGACACCCCCUCUCCCACACCUUCCUAUGGACAGCAGUCCACAGCCACUCUCACCCCCUCACCUCCUGACCCUCCUCAGCCCCCCACUGACAUUCCCCAUCUCCACCAGAUGCCCAGGAGGGUAACCCCUGGGCCAAGCUCCCCUCUCAGUGUGUCCCAGCCCACGCUGAGUAGCCAUGAAGGGAGGCCUGCUGGCCUGGGUGUUGGCCCCACGACCUCUCAUCACCUCGGCGCCAGCCCUGUCCCUAGCACAGCCAGCAGUGCCCCAGGGAGAACCCAGCAGAUGCCUGGGGAGAUGACUCCUCCACUUCAAGGACCCCGUGCUCGAAUCCGGAAGAAACCCAAGGCUGUUCCCUAUAGGCGGGAGCACAGUCCUGGGGAUUUGCCCCCACCACCCUUGCCACCACCAGAGGAAGAGACAAGCUGGGCCUUAGGGCUGAGAGCAGCAGGCAGCAUGUCCUCCUUGGAACGGGAGCACAAUGGGGAGAGAAGAAUGGUGCAGGCGGGGCCCCGGGGGUCCCAGCGGGGCCCUUGCCCAGAUGAAGAGGCCUGGCUUCCUUACAGCCGACCAAGCUUCCUGUCUCGGGGCCAGGGCACCAGCACCUGUUCCACUGCUGGCAGCAACUCUUCCAGAGGCUCCAGCAGCUCUCGGGGCUCCAGGGGUCCUGGACGGAGUCGGAGCCGGAGCCGGAGCCAGAGCCAAAGGCCAGGACAGAAACGCCGAGAAGAACCAAGAUGACCCUUGAUGAGACUAUCCAGAGUUCCGUGGGGAAGGGCUUGUCCCUGGGCCAGGAGCCUGGAUGGGAGCCCUUCCCUUGGUAAAUGAGGG